CCUUUAGAUGUCGCCAAAAUAAUUACUCAACCAACACAUUAUAUUUUAAAGUUAGAAUAAAUUCUCUCUCAUUAAACCUGUUACAAUCGGUUUUAUAUAGUUAUUUUAGGUGUUAGAACUGAAGUUGAACAUAAAGCGUCACCUAUAAUUUCAUAACACAAAGCAUUCUAAUCAGAGAGGACAGAACUUCGCUGCUGUCUUGCAAAUUCAUCUGUGAGCAGUAAAGUUACCGGGAAUGAGAGCAGGUUUGCAUAUGACCGCCGCUCAUACACACUCAGAUACACCCAGUGUGUUCCCUGAGCAGGGAAUAAGUGCUGUUUCUACCAACUGCGCGUUUAAUUAGCACAUUCCUCCUGCACUUGAAGUCGAUGUGCGCCGCUGGGCACGACAACACUCACUAAAGUGCUUGACUUCACCCCUGUCAGAGGAAGACACGAUGGGAUGCGCUUCUAGCACUCAGACCACAGCUCAAGACACAACACGACCGAACACCAAACAAGAUGGGAGCACAUCAGGAACAAAUAAUGAAAACGGUGGUCCUGCAGCAGACAGCAAGACAGUUCCAGACCAAACCCAGGCCGCGGAAUCUCCACAGACAUCCAGUGGAGCUCCUGUUGCCUCUGAGGAAAUACAGAGCUCUGCGGCUGCUGUAGCUCACAGUGAACCAGAAGCAGCUGCUGCUGAGGCCAUUACAUCUGACCAGCCUGCUGAACCAGAAUCAAACCCCUCCACAACAGCUGACAGUACCGAAGAACCAGCACCAAGCGAAAACACAACUGAGGCCCAGGCUGAAUCUUCCCCACCAGAGGAAGCACCUGCCUCUGGUGAAGACAGUUAAGUGUGCAUCAUUUGGCACAGUUACUACAGAAUCCAGAUUCAACCACCUAUUUUCAAUAAAAUCAAGAUUCAUACGAAUUGUUUAAAAAUA